UAAUUAAAUAAAAAUGAUUAGGUGGUAAAAUUACUAAGUUAAAUUUUAUUUAAAUAAAUAAAUAAUGAAUUAAAUUUAGAUAUAAGAUAAAUGUGAUACAAUAAUGUAGUCAAGAUUUUGUUGAGGGUAGGUACUUUCAAAGUCUUCGCACUUCGUGUCUUAAUGCUUUUUGGUUUUUGCUGACUAAACUCACGAGCUGUGUUCUGGUUUGGCUCUAAUUGAAGAUAAUAUCUUAAUACUCUUUGUAGUUAGGGCUUUUGUAAUGUUAGGCAGUUGUUGGUGAUCCGACUUUUCUGGGUGUGUCUUAAUUUUUUUUUUAUAUAAAAAAGGAUAUAUAUAUAUAUAUAUAUAUGGCGGGUCCAGGAGAUGAUGAUGAGCAGCAUGAUCCAAUUCUUGACGGUAAAAGAGAAGCUGAAGCAAGAUCUCUGGCCUGUGUUUCUGGUGGUGGUAGUGGUGAGAGAGAUAUGGCUCCUUCUGCUCCUGGGCCUUCUAUUCACAGAUCCGGCUCUAGGCCACAGCUUGAUCUGAGCAAAGCUGAAAUUCAGGGCAAUUUCGAGGAGAGAGAUCCCACCAUUCUAUUGCCUAAUCAGUCUGAUGAUAUCUCUCAUUUGGCACUUGAUAUUGGUGGAUCUCUGAUAAAGUUGCUGUAUUUCUCACGUCGGCACGAGGAGGACUACUCAAACGAUGAUGAUAAGCGGAAGAGGACCAUCAAGGAGAGGUUGGGUAUAAUAACCAGUGGCAACCUCAGAAGCUAUCCUGUUCUUGGUGGUAGACUUCACUUCGUCAAGUUUGAGACGCACAAAAUAAAUGAGUGCUUGGAUUUUAUCCAUUCUAAGCAGCUUCAUCGCCGAGAUCCUUAUCCUUGGAGUUCGAAGACCCUUCCUUUGGGGACUGGUGUUAUUAAGGUUACAGGUGGUGGGGCCUAUAAAUUUGCAGACUUGUUCAAGGAACGGCUGGGCGUUAGUAUUGAAAAAGAAGAUGAAAUGCAUUGCCUUGUUUCUGGUGCAAAUUUUUUGCUCAAGGCUAUUCGACACGAGGCCUUCACGCACAUGGAGGCUGAGAAAGAAUUUGUACAGAUAGAUCCCAAUGACUUGUACCCCUAUCUUCUUGUUAACGUUGGAUCUGGUGUCAGCAUAAUCAAGGUUGAUGGGGAAGGAAAGUUUGAACGUGUGAGUGGGACAAAUGUUGGUGGUGGUACCUAUUGGGGCUUAGGAAAACUUCUAACCAAGUGCAAGAGUUUCGAUGAACUGCUAGAACUCAGCCAAAAGGGAGACAAUAGUACCAUUGACAUGCUUGUUGGUGAUAUAUACGGUGGCAUGGAUUACUCCAAGAUUGGCCUCUCUGCUUCAACAAUAGCUUCUAGUUUUGGCAAGGCCAUAUCUGAAAACAAGGAGCUGGAAGAUUACAGACCUGAAGAUAUCUCCUUGUCUCUUUUGCGGAUGAUCUCAUACAACAUUGGACAGAUAUCAUACUUGAACGCCCUUCGCUUUGGGUUGAAGAGAAUAUUUUUUGGAGGAUUUUUCAUAAGGGGUCAUGCUUAUACCAUGGACACAAUCUCGUUUGCUGUACAUUUCUGGUCGAAAGGUGAGAUGCAAGCUAUGUUCUUGAGGCAUGAAGGCUUUCUUGGUGCUAUGGGCGCGUUCAUGAGCUAUGAGAAGCACGGAUUGGAUGAUUUAAUGUCACAUCAGUUGGUGGAGAGGUUCCCAAUGGGUGCACCAUACACUGGAGGAAAUAUCCAUGGACCACCACUCGGUGACCUGAACGAGAAGAUUUCGUGGAUGGAGAAGUUUGUGCGUAGAGGAACUGAAAUAACUGCGCCUGUACCGAUGACUCCAUCGAAAACAACUGGUCUUGGAGGGUUUGAUGUUCCUUCAUCAAGAGGUAGUCCUCUAAGAUCUGACGCCAGUGCUUUAAAUGUUGGCGUUCUCCAUCUUGUUCCCACGCUAGAGGUGUUCCCUUUGCUGGCUGACCCCAAAACGUAUGAGCCUAACACGAUUGACUUAUCAGACCAAGGCGAAAGAGAGUACUGGCUCAAAGUGUUGUCUGAGCAUUUGCCAGACCUCGUUGAUACGGCUGUGGCUAGUGAAGGAGGAACUGAAGAUGCGAAAAGGCGUGGUGAUGCUUUUUCUCGUGCUUUUUCUGCUCAUUUGGCAAGAUUGAUGGAAGAGCCAGCUGCAUAUGGAAAGCUGGGGCUAGCAAAUCUCCUGGAACUUAGGGAAGAAUGCUUAAGGGAAUUCCAGUUUGUUGAUGCCUAUAGUAGCAUCAAGCAAAGGUAUUAAAACAUAGUCGUCCUAUGAUCUCUUUCUCUUU